AUGGACGGCGCCGCCGCCGAGGAGGAAAAUAGUGGGUCUGGGUUCGACUUUGGUUCGUUUGCGGGAGAGGCAGAGCGCAGUAAACGUGAGCCAAAGCGGACGGUGUUCAAUCGACCGGCGAAGAAACCUACGGAUCCAUACUUUGUCCGCACGGCUGCGGACGAACUACAGGUUCCAGAGAAAAGCAGGUCGCCUUCGCCUGCGCCCUCGAUCGAGCCUCAUCCUCAGAGCCAGAGCCAAAGCCAGCCUGAGACCGCUGAAGAUAAUAAUCCAAUCGUGACCGAGACCACGCUGAACAAGAUGAAAGCCGCGUACAUGAAGGCCAAACUACGAAAAGCCGCAAACGCAGCCGAUCUAGAGCAAGAAUACAACGCCGCCCUCGAAUCAUUCAAUCACCGCACCGGCCGCGGCAGCAGCAACACCGGAGGCAACCGCGUCGAAGUGCUCUCGAUGAUGGACACGCGCGGCGUGCUUUCGGCGCCGAGCAAACCCGAAGACGAGAUGACGAUCGCGGAGAUGGUCGCGGAGGAAAAGCGGUCGCGCGGAUUCGCCCCUGGCAGCAGCAGUAGCGAAGGCCGGAAGCUAGCUGACCGAAUCGGGCACGACAAGCUGUUCAAAGACGACCUCGAGUACAUGGACGAGAACGCGGAGAAGCUCGCGCGAAGGAUAAGCAAGAAGCAGAUUGAUUUGAAAAACACGGCGAUCGACGAGGUCCAUAAGCUUAAUCAUAUUCUUGAUACUUGUCCGUUGUGCCAUAAGGACUCUGCGCCGCCGAUCGCGCCGGUGGUGGCGAUGGGGACGAGGGUCUAUUUGUCGCUGCCGACGAUGCCGCAGCUUAGUCCUGGGGCGGCUAGUAUCGUGCCCAUCGCGCACCGUCGGUCUUCGCUAGAGUGCGAUGAUGAUGAGUGGGAUGAGAUUAGAAACUUCAUGAAAUGCCUAGCCCGCAUGUACCACUCGCAAAAACGAGGCGUGCUCUUCUACGAAAACGCCGCAAACAUGAGCCGCCGCCGGCACGCCUCGAUCGAAGCCGUCCCGAUGCCUUACGAGCUUGCAUCUACAGCCUCCGCGUACUUCCGCGAAGCGAUCCUCUCGUCCGACGAAGAAUGGAGUUCGCACCAAAAAAUCAUCAACACGCUCGAGCGCGCGACAAAAGGCGGACUCGGAAAACGCGCGUUCAGACAGAGUCUGGUGAAGGAGGCGCCGUAUUUCCAUGUCUGGUUCACGCUCGAUGGCGGGUAUGGGCAUAUCAUCGAGGACGCGGAUCGGUGGCCGACGGGGGAUUUGUUUGCGAGGGAGGUUAUUGGCGGGAUGUUGGAGCUCGAGCCGGACGUGAUUAAGCGGCAGUCGAGGUGGAAACGCGAGCCGGAUCCGCGGAUGAAGGGGUUUAGGCAGAUGUGGGAUAAGUUUGAUUGGACGAAGCAGCUACAGGAUCCGGAGGCGGAGACGAAGUUCUAA